CCACACAUGGCCCGACAUUCAAUGUGCCAGUUUGCUAAUUCCGAUUUGUCAAUACAUUUUGCUGAGAUGUCAGCAAACCAUUCUGUCCUCGCCUAAAGAGUGAUAAAAAAAACACAUUGAUUGAUGUCCAAAUUCGGCGGCUGCCGAGAUGAAGAUUACGGACAGUGUGUUGCGAAGUUUUAGGGUUGCUAGGACAUUCCGGGAGAAUUCGCAGAAAGUCAACUGUGUGGACUACAGCUCGAACGGCGAGAGUGCAAUAUCUAGUAGCGACGACGACUCCAUUGUUUUAUAUGACUGUCAGGAAGGAAAACCCAUACGGACCCUGUACAGUAAGAAGUACGGAGUAGACCUUAUCCGGUAUACACACGGGGAUGCCAACACAGUGGUCUACAGCUCCAACAAACUAGAUGAUACCAUCCGAUACCUGUCUCUCACUGACAACAAGUACAUCCGCUACUUCCCUGGGCACACUGAUAGGGUUGUUGCUCUCUCCAUGUCACCGGUGGAUGACACGUUCAUCUCGGGUUCAUUGGAUAUGACCAUACGACUCUGGGACCUGCGCUCUCCAAACUGUCAGGGUCUUACUAAUCCUUUGGGGAAGCCUGUUUGCUCCUUUGAUCCCGAGGGCCUGAUAUUCGCUGCUGGGGUCGACUCUGAGGCGAUUAAACUGUAUGACCUCCGCUCCUUUGACAAGGGCCCCUUCGCCUCCUUUGAGACUCAGUUUAGCCGCGUCUGUGAGUGGACUGGACUGAAGUUCAGCAGGGACGGGAAGCAGAUUCUCAUCUCUACCAACGGGGGUGCUAUUCGCGUCCUAGACGCCUUCAAUGGAUCCGUGCUGCACACUUUCUCAGGCUACAACAACAGUAAAGGCAUUUCAUUGGAGGCCUGCUUCACCCCAGACUCAGACUUUGUUAUGAUUGGUUCAGAGGAUGGGAGGGUCCAUGUGUGGAGUACAGAGAGUGGGAUGAAGAUAGCGGUUCUGGACGGGAAGCAUUCAGGACCAAUCAACACACUGCAGUUUAACCCUAAAUACAUGACAUUUGCCAGCGCCUGCUCCAAUAUGGCGUUCUGGCUUCCCUGUGUAGGAGACUGAUAAAGGGGUGGGGCCACAGAGACAAACUGUCAUCAUCAUUACCCAGGAUGCCUUUCUCCUUUCAUGUUGCUCUGAGUAUGCAGAGACACUAUGGACUCUUAACGGCUCCAAAUGAAAUUGUAGGCAUAUUAAGGCAUUGGUGAAAGGGAUUCCACUGUUGAUUAUCCAUGAGGAGAACUGUCACUCUAUAAACUGAUUUAUUUGCCAAAUGGGGAAGGUUACAUGAGGGGAUCACUAGAGCUGUGGGAGACAGUAGUUAUUGUCCACUGUGACAGGUGCUUGUUGAAAAGUUUUUAUAAGAGUAGAGAAUACCUGUGGUGUACUACUGACAAACACUUGUUUUUAUAUAUUUAUGAGCAAAGUGCCACAAUGUGUUAAUUAGUAGACAAUUAUGACCUUUUAACUUUUUAAUACAUUGACAACUCCAAUCAAGUAUGCAUUUUAACUGCGGAUACAUGUUUUAUUUUAUUGGGAAUUCAAUUAUUUUGUACUGUUUAUUCAGAAAGUAUUAAAAUGUUUUAACAUCUA